AGAAGAGUUUCACACCAAGAGCUCCUAAGUGCGACAGAUGGAUUCAAUGAAAGCAACUUACUUGGUACUGGGGGUUUUGGCUCAGUAUAUAAAGGAACAUUGUCAGAUGGGAUGGACGUUGCGAUAAAGGUUUUCAAUUUGGAGUUGGAAGACGCAUUUUCAAGUUUUGAGGUUGAAUGUGAAAUGCUAAGUAAUGUUCGUCACCGAAAUCUUGUCAAAGUCAUCAGUGGUUGCAGUCAAUUGGAUUUCAAAGGUCUUAUAUUGAAUUACAUGCCUAAUGGGAGCCUUGAGAAGUGGUUGUAUUCUCAGAAUUCUUCUUUGAACAUAAUGCAGAGGUUGGAUAUAAUGAUAGAUGUUGCAUCGGCAUUGGAGUACCUUCAUCAUGGUUAUGAAGUACCUAUUGUCCAUUGUGAUUUGAAGCCAAGAAACAUCCUACUAGAUGAUGAUAUGGUUGCACAUGUUGCUGAUUUUGGUAUUGCAACACUUUUGGGUGGAGGAGAUUCUAUGACUCAAACCAUGACCUUGGCCACAAUUGGGUAUAUGGCUCCAGAGUAUGGAAUGCAAGGAAUAGUGACCAGAAGAGGUGAUGUGUAUAGUUUUGGUAUUAUAGUGAUGGAAACAUCCACAAGAAGGAAGCCAACUGAUGAGAUCUUCACUGGGGAAAUGAGACUGAAUCAAUGGGUUGCAAAUUUCCUAGUUGCAGAUGCGAUAGUUGAAGUUGUGGAUGCUAGUUUACUUGGAAGCGAGGAGGCUCAUGACUUCUUGAGCAAGAGGGACUGCUUAUCAUCCAUUAUGAGAUUAGUUGUUGCUUGUUCUGCAGAAUCACCGGAAGAGAGGAUAAACAUGCAAGAGGCUGUAGCCACACUUAAAACAAUCAAGAUCAAGUUUUCAAAGGACGCUGCAGCUGGAGGUGCGGUGUUGAAGCGUCGUCCUGUUUCGUAACCCCUUAAUUAUUGUGUCGAUAUAUCUUGGCAUGGCAUUUGAUUCAGUACGUAAUUAUGUAAUUUUUUGGCUAUGUGGUUCUGACUCAAGUUUGGUUAGUAAUUCAUUCUACUACUCUGUAUUCAAAAAUAACUUCCAUCUAGCUCUUUCCACUUUGUAGUUUCUGUGUUUUUCUGCUUUGAGGCAAGCUGCUUAAAUAAACCGAAGCACUACUAUUUUCUCAAAUUCUUCUAUCUUUAAGUUCUUAAUGUACUUAUCAUGGUAGAGUAUGCCUAGGAUUUAUAUGAUGUGUCAGUAUGUUGUACUCCAAUCAUUCUUA